UUUCCAUCCUACUGGAUCCGGUUGGACUAAUCGAUAGUGUCGUACUAGGGAGACACGCCCGGCGCUUGCUACGAUAUUUUCCCAAACGAAAGGGAAGCACCUGACACCGAUCGAUGACCAACCAAUGUCGUCGUUCUGUUUUAUCCAUCGUUGUUGAUAGUCGAGAGGGAAAGGGAGAGAAAAUAGGGAUAAAUCGGUAGGAAUAGAUUUUUAUCUUUGAAAAAGAAUAGAGGUACCUUUUGAAGAGUUCAUUCUGGGAUAGAAGAGAGAAAGUCUUCUCGCACUGCUGUGCCUGUAUAAAAUUCCAUCGACUAUUGUCUUCUUGAGCUCGACAACUCGUUCAGUUGAAACUCGGAUCACAAGGUACAAACGCGACAGGAAUUCGUAUGCGGUUUCCAUUUCUUAUCCUUUUCAGAUUCAAAAGUUUGUCUUAAGUUAACACCUGAAGUAUAAAAAUCUCGUUUGCUCUUGCGCGGUAGCCAAUCGGAGGAAAAAGUGAAAAACGUUUCGGUAUAAGUUAAAGGACGAGAAUAAAGUGAAACGAAGAAGAAAGAAAGAAAGCAAAAAAGAAAGAAAGGAAGAAGAAGAAGAAGAAGAAGAAGAAAAGGAUCUCUCUUUUCUGGUGAAACGGCAAGAUGCCGAUUGAUUUUUAUUACUUUCCACUGAGUCCACCUUGCCGAAUGAUUUUAUUGCUCGGCAAAGCGAUAGGUGUGCACUUCAACUUGAUAUCGAUCAACCCAUUGAAGGGUGAACAAAUGAAGGCAGAAUUUUUAAAGAUAAAUCCAGAGCAUACUAUACCAACUAUAAACGACAAUAAUGUCAUUUUAUGGGAAAGUCGAGUAAUAAUGCAAUAUCUCGUUGAGAAAUAUGCCAAAGACGAUGCGCUUUAUCCCAAGGAUCCUAAAAAACGUGGUAUCGUAGAUCAAAGAUUAUAUUUUGAUAUUGGCACAUUGUACGAGAACAUCGGCAAAUGUUACUUUCCUAUAUACUUGGGAAUGAAGGAUACCAUCGAUGAGAAGAUUCUUCGAAAUUUGGAAAAAUCUUGCGAGACAUUGAAUAUAUUUUUAGAUUCCAAUGAUUUCGUUGCCGGUGAAAAUUUAACCAUCGCCGAUUUUAGCAUAUCGACGAGUAUCGUUGUAUUAAAGAAUUUUGAAUUCGAUAUUGGCCGUUAUGAUAAUGUGGAUGCUUGGUACAAUCGAUGCAAAACCAUAAUGGAAAAAUUUGGUUUCGAGAAGAUCCAUGCGCCCGGUAAUAAAGCAUUCAAUGAAGGUUAUCGUGCUAAUUUGGCGAAAUCUAUCAAAUAAAAUAUGUCUUUGGAUUUAUAUUAUUUACCAAUGAGCUCUCCCUGUCGAGCUGUUUUAUUAACCGUUGAAGCACUCGGUUUGUCAGUGAAUUUAAAGGAAAUCGAUUUGUUCACUGGCGAACACCUCAAAUCGGAAUACGAACAGUUGAAUCCUCAAAGGAUUAUACCUUUUCUCGUUGACGGUGAUUACAAACUCUCGGAAAGUCGAGCGAUCAUGUGUUAUUUGGUAGAUCAAUAUGGAAAAAAUGAAAGGUUAUAUCCGCAAAAUCCAGUAUCACGUGCAUUGGUCAAUCAAAGAUUGUACUUCGACAUUGGGAGGCUUUACAAAAAUCUCAGUUCUUACUUCUAUCCUGUGGUGUUCAACGGCGCGGAGAGUUACGACGAGGAACAAUACGAAAAGCUAAAAGAUGCUUUUGAUCUAUUGGACAAAUUCCUCGAGGAUCAGGAUUACGUAGCUGGUCGUAGUUUAACGAUCGCCGAUUUGGCAUUGGCAUCGACCGUAUCCACUGGAGAGGCGUUCGGAUUCGAAGUCUUUAGAUAUAAAUACGUUUCCAAGUGGAUGGACAGAAUUAAAAACUCAGCUCCUGGAUAUCGAAAGGCGAACGGGGAAGGUCUUGAAAUAUUAAAAAAGUUGGCCGCUGAUAGGAUGUCUCAGCCCUAUAAGAGAUUGAUGGACACUUAUCCGGUAAUAUGCCCCAGGGUACCAUAUAAUCACAGAGGCAGCACCGUAGUAACAGGUCAUAUUUAUAUAGAGAGUUUGGAGAACCGACGUAUGAUCAUAAAGACUAUUGCUAUUCAACGUAUCAACGAGAAACUCAACGAUAAAGAAAGAAAUAUGCCGAUCGAUCUUUAUCAAACACUAGGAAGUGCGCCAUGCUGUGCCGUUCGUUUAACAGCAGCGUCUGUCGGUGUUACCUUGAAUUUGAAAGAAAUUAAUUUAAUGAAUGGUGAACAACUCAAACCAGAAUUUCUAAAGAUAAAUCCUCAACAUACUGUACCUACCAUCGAUGACAAUGGUUUUUACUUAUCCGAAAGUCGUGCAAUUAUGGGAUAUUUAAUUGAUCAGUAUGGUAAAAAUGAUUCAUUGUAUCCAAAGGAUCCAAAGAAACGUGCUAUUGUUAAUCAAAGAUUGUUUUUCGAUGCGAACAAUUUGUAUCAAUCUUUUGCUGAUUAUUAUUAUCCAACGAUCUUCGCUGGAGCACCUAAGGAUCAAACAAAAUAUGAGAAAUUGGAAAAGGUUCUUGAAUUCCUUGAUAAAUUUUUAGAAAAUGAGACCUACGUUGCUGGCAAAAAUAUGACGAUAGCUGAUCAUUCUAUUGCCGUCACCAUUUCUAAUUUUGAGUUAAUGGAUUACGAUCUUAGUAAAUUUCCGCAUAUUACUAAAUGGUACAAGCGUAUGAAGACUGAAAUUGUUAAAUAUGAUGAAAUUCGUACUGAGAGUCUAAAAGCUUUUAAAGGUUUGAUAGAUAUUCUAAAAAAGAAGAAGUAAAUUUUUCAUCAUAUGAAAAAAAGAACAAAUAUACAUAUUAUUUAUUAUUAA